GGAGGGCCCGGGCGGCGCGCUCCCGGUCCCGUUGUUGUUGCCGCUGGAGGCUGCUCCGAGGCAGUGGGAUCACGGCGCCGGGAAGCGCUCGGCAGCGGUGGCCACAGCGUGCGCGGCGGCGCCUCCUGGCCUCGGCCUCCGGCCCCCGACCCCCGGCUCCAUGCGCUAGCCCCGCGCCGCCGGCCCAGUAGUCCCGGCCCCGCCAGCCCCGCGCGCCCGCUCGCCGCCGCCGCCGCCGCCGCGCCGCCCCCGGCCCGCCUCGGGCCCCACGGCUCCGAAGCCAUGAACUUCCAGGCGGGCGGAGGGCAGAGCCCGCAGCAGCAGCAGAGCCUGGCGGCUCCGGGGGGCGGCGGCGGUGGCGGCGGCGGCGGCGCGGGGGGCGGCGGGCAGUUCGGCGGCGCGGGGCCCGGGGCCGGGGGCGGCGGCGGCCCUUCGCAGCAGCUGGCCGGCGGGCCCCCCCAGCAGUUCGCGCUCUCCAACUCGGCGGCCAUCCGGGCCGAGAUCCAGCGCUUCGAGUCCGUGCAUCCCAACAUCUACGCCAUCUACGACCUGAUAGAGCGCAUCGAGGAUUUGGCGCUGCAGAACCAGAUCCGGGAGCACGUCAUCUCCAUCGAGGACUCGUUUGUGAACAGCCAGGAGUGGACGCUGAGCCGCUCCGUACCGGAGCUUAAAGUGGGCAUAGUGGGGAACCUGUCUAGCGGGAAAUCAGCCCUGGUGCACCGCUAUCUGACGGGGACCUAUGUCCAGGAGGAGUCCCCUGAAGGGGGGCGGUUUAAGAAGGAGAUUGUGGUGGAUGGCCAGAGUUACCUGCUGCUGAUCCGAGAUGAAGGAGGCCCCCCUGAGCUCCAGUUUGCUGCCUGGGUAGAUGCAGUGGUGUUUGUGUUCAGCCUGGAGGAUGAAAUCAGUUUCCAGACGGUGUACAACUACUUCCUGCGGCUCUGCAGCUUCCGCAACGCCAGCGAGGUGCCCAUGGUGCUUGUGGGCACACAGGACGCCAUCAGUGCAGCAAACCCCCGGGUCAUCGAUGACAGCAGAGCCCGCAAGCUCUCCACAGAUCUGAAGCGGUGCACCUACUAUGAGACGUGCGCGACCUAUGGGCUCAAUGUGGAGCGCGUCUUCCAGGACGUGGCCCAGAAGGUAGUGGCUUUGCGGAAGAAGCAGCAACUGGCCAUCGGGCCCUGCAAGUCACUGCCCAACUCGCCCAGCCACUCGGCAGUGUCCGCUGCAUCCAUCCCUGCCGUGCACAUCAACCAGGCCACGAAUGGCGGCAGCAGCGCCUUCAGCGACUACUCGUCCUCAGUCCCCUCCACCCCCAGCAUCAGCCAGCGGGAGCUGCGCAUCGAGACCAUCGCUGCCUCCUCCACCCCCACACCCAUCCGCAAGCAGUCCAAGCGGCGCUCCAACAUCUUCACGUCUCGGAAAGGUGCUGACCUGGACCGGGAGAAGAAGGCUGCCGAGUGCAAGGUGGACAGCAUCGGGAGCGGCCGCGCCAUCCCCAUCAAGCAGGGGAUCCUGCUGAAGCGGAGUGGCAAGUCCCUGAACAAGGAGUGGAAGAAAAAGUAUGUGACACUCUGUGACAACGGGCUGCUCACCUAUCACCCCAGCCUGCAUGAUUACAUGCAGAACAUCCACGGCAAGGAGAUUGACCUGCUGCGGACGACGGUGAAAGUGCCUGGGAAACGCCUGCCCCGAGCCACACCUACCACAGCCCCGGGCACCAGCCCCCGUGCCAACGGGCUGUCUGUGGAGCGGAGUAACACACAGCUAGGUGGGGGCACAGGUGCCCCCCACUCGGCCAGCAGCGCAUCCCUGCACUCUGAGCGCCCCCUCAGCAGCUCGGCCUGGGCUGGCCCGCGCCCCGAGGGGCUGCACCAGCGCUCCUGCUCCGUUUCCAGCGCCGACCAGUGGAGUGAGGCCACUGCCCUGCCCCCAGGCGUGCAGCACCCUGCCAGUGGCCCAGCUGAGGUGCUCAGUUCCAGCCCCAAGCUGGAGCCUCCCCCAUCUCCCCACUCCAACCGGAAGAAGCACCGGAGGAAAAAGAGCACCGGGACCCCCCGACCAGACGGCCCCAGCAGUGCUGCUGAAGAGGCAGAAGAGUCGUUUGAAUUUGUGGUGGUGUCCCUCACCGGGCAGACGUGGCACUUCGAGGCCUCAACGGCAGAGGAGCGGGAGCUGUGGGUUCAGAGCGUGCAGGCCCAGAUCCUUGCCAGCCUGCAAGGCUGCCGCAGUGCCAAGGACAAGACUCGACUGGGGAACCAGAACGCAGCUCUGGCUGUACAGGCUGUCCGCACUGUUCGAGGCAACAGCUUUUGUAUUGACUGCGAUGCCCCCAAUCCAGACUGGGCCAGCCUGAACCUGGGUGCCCUGAUGUGCAUCGAGUGCUCAGGCAUCCACCGACACCUGGGGGCUCACCUGUCCCGGGUGCGCUCCCUUGACCUUGACGACUGGCCGCCUGAGCUGCUGGCUGUCAUGACUGCCAUGGGCAAUGCCCUCGCCAACAGCGUCUGGGAGGGGGCCCUGGAUGGCUACUCCAAGCCAGGGCCUGAUGCCUGCAGAGAGGAGAAGGAGCGCUGGAUACGGGCCAAGUAUGAGCAGAAGCUCUUCCUGGCCCCACUACCAAGCUCAGACGUGCCGCUGGGGCAGCAGCUGCUCCGGGCUGUGGUGGAAGAUGACCUGCGUCUGUUGGUGAUGCUCCUGGCACAUGGCUCCAAGGAGGAGGUGAACGAGACCUAUGGGGACGGGGACGGGCGGACGGCCCUACAUCUCUCCAGUGCCAUGGCCAACGUUGUCUUCACGCAGCUGCUCAUCUGGUACGGGGUAGAUGUGAGGAGCCGGGAUGCCCGGGGCCUGACUCCACUGGCCUAUGCUCGCCGGGCCGGCAGCCAGGAGUGUGCAGACAUCUUGAUACAGCAUGGCUGCCCUGGGGAGGGCUGUGGCUUAGCGCCUACCCCAAACAGAGAGCCUGCCAAUGGAACCAACCCUUCUGCUGAGCUGCACCGCAGUCCUAGCCUCCUAUAAGGCCCAGGAAGAGGGCAGAGGGGCCAGAAGGAUUCCAUGGCCUGAAGACCCCUCUCUCUCCAGGCACUGUGGGGACAGACACAGAAAUGGAGAAGCAGGGACAUGCGAAAGGACGAAGCAGAGGAAAUGAGGGAGGAGAGUCAAAGGGACCAAGGAGAGUUUGGGGAUUUGAGCUGCGGCAGAGAGGGAAUGAGGGAUUUAGCCCUCUGCCCUGAGGUGCCAUUGAAAAGGGACAGGACCCUUCGGAGGUGCCUGUGAGGAGAGGGGAGCAGGACCUCUCCCUCCUCCAGAUCCCUGCCUCCUAGUGCCAGCCCCUCACAUGCCUUCAUCCUGAAACGGAAGGACGGCGGCACAGGGUGGGGGUGCUGGAUGAAAGAGACAAGGGGUGAUCUGUGAGUCCCAUGUAAACUUUGUACAUUGGAAUAUUUAUGUUUGUGUACAUAUUUGGUGUGUGUGUAUGAUGAGCCAAUAAACCAGACUGUGUGUGUGGCCUUGUU